AUGACCCUCCUCCCCCUCCUCAAAGAAAACUCCCGCACCCUCAAAUCCCUCUGCGCCUCCUGCGGCCUCCCCAAAACCGGCGCCAAAACCGUCCUCGUCAGCCGUCUCCGCGAAGCCGCCCAACAAUUCCAGCCCACCCCCCCCUCGGCCCGGAUCCUAAGCAUCGACCUCGGCCUCAAGAACUUUGCUUUCUCUCUACUCACCCCGGCUCCGCUGCCCAAGACGACAAAGAGCAAGACGAAGCAGAAACCAUUGCCUAGCUUGUCGUUCGCGGACCCGGCUAAACCCUCCGCCUUGCUCACUUCCCCGGUGCAUCUGCAUGCCUGGCACCGUUUGGACUUGACACUCCCUUUGGACGCUGCUCAGUCUUCAUCACCAUUACCACCCACACCACCAGCCCGGAAUCGAAAAUCCAAAAAAGCCGAAGCUGAACCCGAAGAAGACUCAACCCCCACCAAAUCCAAACGCAAGCCCGAACCUUCAACGUCAACAUCAACAGCAUUCACCCCCACCACCCUAGCCUCAACAACCGCCACCCUAGUCCAAACCGUUCUCCUCCCGCUCCGCCCAACCCACAUCCUCAUCGAGCGCCAACGCUUCCGCACCGGCGGUGCCUCUGCAGUCCUGGAAUGGACGGUGAGGGUCAAUCAGUUGGAGGCGAUGUUGCAUGCUGCUUUUGCUAUGGCGAAUUUUCAUGCACAUGCCACCGAGAUUGAGAUUGAUAUGGCUGAAGGGGGGAAGGGAAAGAGGAACGGGGUGGAUGGGGGUGGAAAGGUGGUGGUGGAGAGUGUCACGCCAAAGGUGGUGGCGGGGUAUUUGUUUCCGUCGGCGGGGGCGAAGGAUGAGGAUGGGCUUGUAGAGGGGAAAAAGAGGAAGAAGAAGGCUACGUCGGGGGCGGCGGCUGCCUAUAAACUGCUGAAAAAGGAAAAGGUGAAUAUGCUGAGUGAGUUUCUUGCAACGGAGAAUGAUGGAGGAGGGGCCGGGCUAGUCAAGGCGGAUGGGAAACAGGCGAAAGAGGUGGUUGGGUUGUUUUUGGAGGCGGUGGAAAGGAAGAGAGUGGGCAAGAGAAGGGCGAAAAGGAAAGAGGGGGAGGAGGAGAAUUACGCGGUGGAGGAUAUGGUUAGCAAGAUGGAUGAUUUGUCGGAUUCGGUGUUGCAGGGCAUGGUGUGGUUGCAGUGGCAAAGGAAUUUGGAGGGGUUGAUUCAGGAGCGGCCGGAGCUGUUGGAGCCUGUUGAAGAGUGA